AUGCACCCGGCCGAAGCGGUCCUAAAUAAGCCAUGGCCCGUGAGUCGAGAGGAGCCUCAGCCGCCGGAAAACGAAGACAGCCUGACAGAGGAAGAGCAAGCCCGUUCUAAAUGGGAAAGGGCCUCCACCCGCGAAGAAAAUGCCCGACGGAGACGUGAGCCUCUCAACCAGAAGAAAUCCGCCUGCCCGCUUCUCACCCUGAGUCUAAGCGCCCCGGAGGCCCAAGUCACCCAGAACGGUCGCAUAUCCUUUACGGCAUGCCUGCGCUACGAGGGUGUCCCGGUUGGGGACAAGAUACCCAUUGUCGCCAAGAUUCUCGGAAGCUCCGAAGGCCCGCUUGGAGACAGAGCCGUAGAGUACGGGCAGUACCAAAUCUUCGCACAGCCAGACUGUAGUCCCGAGAGCCUGGUCCCAUAUUCGACUACUUACGUCACGGUUCGGCGAGCGAGGGGCCCAGACGGGAGGUUUCUUCCCCUGCCAGAUUGGACAGAGGAGAUUACGGAGGAGAACGGCUGGUCGGAAAUGCAGGUCGGAGGCAGCAUUAGCCGUGAUUUCGUCCUCGAUUUAGAAGGCAACAGGGGAUGGCAGGAUAACUUGAGGCGCGGCACCGCGUACUGGCUUGCAUAUGCGCCGCCUGGGAAGAUGCCGCUCCAGCGGUCAGAGUUGCCUUUGUGGAGGUUUGGGAGCAUCCAGAGUUGGAGGGGUAAGGGGUUUGAUCUUGGAAACAUGAGGUGGAUCGGUAUUCCAAUUGGCAAGUCAAAUGAGAUUGAGUUCAGCUUUUUAGAGUAA